CGAGCAGAGCCACAGACAACCGCAAAGCCCAACGCCCAGACAGAUUGAGCAGGUCAGAACCAGAUACAAGACACAAAAGAAAUAACCAACAUGCAAGGAGUUCGAUUCGGUGUGGCUUCUGCGCUGCUGCUGCUGGCUGUGGGUGUCUCCUGUCGCUCGGUGGUGCGGCGAGAUGUCUCCCAUCUGCCGCUGGAGUAUCUGCCGCCUGUGGUGCUGCCGCCAGUGCCCAGUCGGGACUACUUGCCGCCGGUGGAGGAGCAUGCAGCGAGCCUGAACCACGUCCUGCAGCCACCGCGUGACUAUCUGCCGCCCGUGAACAACGAGUACCUGCCCCCUGUGGUGGAGGAGGAGCUGCAGGAAGAGCCCGUGGCCACAACGGAGGCGGAGACUGCUGUGGAGACCACCGCUGCACCCACCACAGAGGCCGUGACUGAAGCACAAACCGAAGCGGCACCCGAACCGGAGGCAGAGAUCGUCACGGAGCCCGUGGAGGUGAAGGCCCUGGAACACAUCGAAGAGGAGCUGCCCAAGGAGCAGGUGGAGUCUGCCGUGCUCUUGGACGAUGGCUACCAUUACCGCAAGCCCCAGGCGGUGCCCAACCUGCUGCCCGUGCAGGAGUAUCUGCCUCCCCUCGACGACAAUGCGGUGGUCGAAGAGAUUCCCGAGCACGAGGAGGACACCUCCGCCCUGCUGGACGAUGGCUAUCACUAUCGCACGAUCAGGCGUCUGCGUUUCUAGUCUG